CGCUGCAUCAGCACACUUGCCCAACAAUCCGAUGCAUCUCGAUCUACGCUGGCAUAUGCGUGCGCCGCUCUCGGCAGCGUCAAAAAUGGAGUAGGAGCUUGCAAACGUACCUGCGGAACCACCGCUGGACGGGCCAGCACUGCACCGGGCUGCCGGCCAACUCCGGACGCGGCACGACGCACUCAUACUGCAGUAGACCAAAUAGUUCGCAAUCCCUCAACAAGUCGAUUCGGUGGCCGUCUUCCGUCUUCCGGACUUUGCCAUCUGGGCCGACUUGCACCAGGGCGGGCAAUUUUUGCGCCGGGAAAGCCGGGCAGGCCGGUGCCAUUGAGUCUCGAGGUCGAACCUUUCGGCGGCACCUCACCCCGCGACGAUGCAAACGGUACGAAGCGCGACGGCCGCGAGCCUCGGGUCCCGGGUGCUCGGUGAGAUUGAGGAGACGACUCUGGACGAGGUGCUCGCUUCCGCACGAACAAGCUUCGCAGCAUCAACCAACAACGACAACGACGACAGCAAUGCUGGCCCUGCGCCGACGACAAGCAUUCAACUCAAGGUGUUUCCAAUUGAUGUCCUCAAUGAACUCGUCAACCGUCAUUUCCGAGCGACACAGUCAGCCCCGCUGGCUGUUACGGGCCGCCAUCGCGAGUUGCUCUACGUCCUGGUCGCCACCCUGAUCAGUGCACCGCACAACAAAGCUGUAGCAAUUGUCGAUUUCACGGGGCGUUUCGAGCCCUUGCGGCUGCUCGCAACAAAUCCGCUAGGUAAUGCAAAUACAAGCCACGAAACCGGCGAUGCAGCACCACGCCGCCCGACGGUCCAGCGAGCCGAUCUUGAGCAUGUCCACAUAAUCCGUGCUCGCCGAUGCGGCGCGAGCGACGCCGCUAGGUGCGUCGCCUCCAUCAAGGAAUACAUGCUCUACGGAAACCACCGCAGCCACGACCGGGAAUGGUGGGGCACGGUGGUCAUCGGCGGCGGGUUGAACCCCGCGGGAGGUGUCUCGGCCGCGGCGGCUGCCCAGGUCGCCGUGACGGCCGACUGGAAGGGCUGGCUGCGCGUCGACCGAGCCGAGGUGCCCACCUUCUGGGACAUGAGCGCCGAGGAGGCGCUGGCCGACCGGGAGAAGCGGCAGGCGGCGGUCGAGGACGCCGGCUGGGUUGCCACUUCCCCCUGGGGAAACUUUACGAUCGGCAGAAGGGAGCGGGCGCAGUGAUUGCCUGCCUCUCUCCUGCGUGCUGGCGUUAUCGUUAUCUGUACACGUCGGAUACGGUACCUCGAGGAUGCGUAUUCCGUACUGUACGGAUAGAGGAGGAAAGAUGGAUCCACUAUCGACCCUCCGUUGAAAACCC